AUGAAGGUGAAAGCGGUCUCCCUCUCCCUCUGCGUCUCGGCGCUGCUCGUCUCUACCUCAGCCCUCACCAUCAGCCAAAUCAACGGAAACCAGUACCUCUCGCUCUACGCGGGCAAAACGGUCUCCAACAUCCAAGGCCUGGUAACAGCCAAAGGCUCCGCAGGCUUCUACCUGCGCUCGACGACCCCAGACGACGACGACGCCACCUCCGAAUCAAUCUACGUCUACGGCAGCACCGCCGUCUCCAAAGUCUCCGUCGGCGACAUCAUCACCCUCACUGGGAAGGUCUCCGAGUACCGCUCCUCGUCCUCGUACGUGUAUCAGACGGAGCUCACCUCGCCGUCUGCCAUCACCGUCGUCUCGAGCGGCAAUAAUGUCGUGCCGGUGGCGGUCGGCAAGGGUGGACGGUCCCCGCCUACGGAGCAGUUCUCCUCUCUGGAUGGAGGGGAUGUGCUCGCUGUGCCGAAUAAUGUGAGCCAGAUCAGCAGUUCCAAUCCGGUGCUGCAGCCGGGUAAGUACGGGAUGGACUUUUGGGAGAGCCUGAGCGGGGAGUUGGUGAGUCUGUCGAAUGUGCGGGCUAUUGCGAAGCCGAACUCGUAUGGGGAUACGUGGGUGCUUGGGGACUGGGAGGCGAGUGGGGAGAAUGAGAGGGGAGGGCUGACGAUGCGGGAUAAGGAUUCGAACCCGGAGGCGGUUCUCAUUGGUUCUCCGCUGGAUGGCAGUGAUAAUCCUACCGAUACCAAGCUGGGGGAUUCGAUCCGGGACCUUACGGGCGUCAUCGCGCCGGCGUACGGGUACUAUGCGCUUCUGCCCUUGACUGCAUUGACUGUUACCGGGUCGAACACGACGGCAGCUGCUGCUACGGACCUCGUGUCAGCCGGAACCUGCUGCGCUGUGACGUUUGGCUCGUACAAUGUCAACAACCUCUCUCCCAGCUCGUCGACGCUGCCCAAGAUCGCCAAGCACAUCGCGCAGUACCUGAAGAGUCCGACGCUGGUCUUCCUGCAGGAAAUCCAGGAUAAUGACGGAGCGACUGACGACGGCGGUAUGUUUCGCGUCCUGACUGACGAGCUCCAGCUAACUGCUGCAGUGGUCUCCGCCAACAAGACACUCUCGACCCUCGUCCAGUCCAUCGCCGACCAAGGCGGCAUCAACUACUCCUUCGUCGAUAUUGCUCCCGUCAACGACCAGGACGGCGGGGAGCCAGGCGGAAACAUCCGCGUCGCCUACCUGUACGACGCCUCCGUGAUCCGCCUGCGCAACGCCAACCCUGGCUCCAACACCGACGCCAACGAGGUCCUCGCCGGCGCCGAACUCAAGUAUAACCCGGGCCUGAUCGACCCGUCCAAUGACGCCUGGGAUGACAGCCGCAAGCCGCUGGCCGCCGCCUGGGAGACGCUAGACGGCAAGAACAAGUUCUUCACGGUGAAUGUGCACUUCACCAGCAAGGGGGGCGGGUCGUCGAUCGAGGGCGAUGCCCGGCCGCCGGUGAACGGGGGCGUUGCCAAGCGUGAGGCGCAGGCGAAGCUCGUUGCUGAAUUCACAUCGUCCAUCCUGGCCGAAGACUCCACCGCCAAGCUCAUCGUCUCCGGCGACUUCAACGAAUUCACCUUCGCGGAGCCGUUGGAAACCUUUCUGUCUGACUCCGGGCUCGAGGAUCUCGACGCAGUCGCUGGCAUUGAGACUACGGAGCGAUACACGUAUCUUUAUGAUAUGAACUGCCAACAGCUGGACCACGUGUUUGUGAGCCCGGCGCUGGCACAGGGCGCCCAGAUACACCAUCUGCAUGUCAACACGUGGGUUUCGUACGAUGACCAGGCGAGUGACCAUGACCCUACGGUGGCUUUGUUGAAUGUGUCCUUCGACCCGGUUGAUUCUCUCCCGGCUCCCCAGCCAGCCGCGCUCCUGCAUGAGGGCAUCGACUGCGAUGGCCCCGGCUGGGCCUGCACCGAUGACGGCGACACUUUUGGCUGCCAUUGGAUUGAAUAUAUUGAACGAGUCUAG